AUUGCUCUAUUCUCAAAUAUCACCUUACCAUUAUCAAAUUUGUGAGAGAGAGAGAGAGAGAGAGAGAGAGAGAGAGAGAGAUUGUUCCGUUUAAUGUCUGAAGUUUGAAUGGAUACAGCCAUGAAUCCAACUGGGUUGCUGUUCACCGCUUUCUCAGUUUGCUCUGAUGCAGCUGGAAUUGCUGGGAACCUCUUCGCUAUCGUGCUAUUUGUCUCACCCAUACCCACAUUCAGGAGAAUAAUCCGAAGCAAGUCUACAGAGCAGUUCUCCGGAUUGCCCUACGUAUAUGGGCUUCUGAACUGCUUGAUAUGUCUCUGGUAUGGCAUGCCCAUUGUAUCUCCGGGCAUUAUACAUAUUGCCACAGUUAACUCGGUUGGGGCGAUUUUCCAAUCAAUUUACUUGACAAUCUACAUUAUACAUGCAGAGAAAGCGAAGAAGGUCAAAAUGAUUGGACUUUUGCUAGCAAUUUUGGCAGCAUUCAUUAUCAUAGCGUUCGUGAGCCUCAAAUUAUUUGAGCCUCCUAAUCGACAGAUAUUCGUCGGUUAUUUGAGCGUUUUUUCUCUUAUUUCCAUGUUUGCUUCCCCACUAUUCGCUAUUAAUUUGGUGAUCAAAACGAGGAGUGUUGAAUUCAUGCCGUUUUAUCUCUCCCUCGCGACCUUUCUGAUGAGUCUCUCUUUCUUCACAUUCGGAAUGUUCAAGAGCGAUCCAUUCAUCUUCGUCCCAAAUGGAAUUGGAACUGUUCUGGGGAUCAUACAGUUGGUGCUAUACUACUACUACAGCAAUGCAUAUGGAGGAGGAUCGACAGAACCGUUGCUCGAGUCUUACGUAUGAAUGAUUAUAUUUUGCUAUAUAUAGAAGUAUUGAUCGUCCAUUGUGAUUGUUUUUUUUUCUCAAACUAUAUACGGAAGUUGGGUUUGAAAUCGGUUGGAUUCAGGGAAAUAAAUCGGCAAUCAUUGUUGCUGAGAAUUUUACGUUUUUCGCUCAA